CGGGGAAACACACGUCACACACCACUCUGUGCAUUAAAUUCGCAGUGAAACAACAGCAGUAUUUCAACUGAAAAAUACCCAGUUUUUGCAUAUCAACUCUUCUUUACCAGUCCAUUACAAUCUUCAAGAUGUCUACCCAAGUUAUGUCGGAGAGUAUCUACAAUCUUAUCCCUCGGGAGGAGGUAAAACCACCGAAAAAUCCGAGAUAUCAGUCAAAGUUUCGCUCUGAUGUGAAACAAGAAAAGAAAGUCAACAAAUCGCCCAACAAGACAAUGGGUCCAGCCAAGGUGGAUCUCAACGCGCCACGGGAGUACCUCGCCAAACGUUCCAAGGAACCAGUGCUGCCAGGCAAAACCUCCUUCAAGUACCCCGACGAUGACACCAAAAAACCCAUGGUACCAAAGAAAGAAGACCGUCCUUUGAUGGGCCUGAAAUCUAACAAGAAUUUCAUCACGACCAACGCUGUGGAAAACAUCAUGUCUGUGCCGAAGAAACCAGCGGCGAACUUUGUGGACACAGCAAAGGGGUCGACUCAUCCACUUGAACCUUCUGGUCUGGUCCCGAAGUUUUUGAACAAGAAGGGCUACGGUGAUGUUCCAGACUACCUCCGUCGACGAAACGCCGAAGUCAAACAAGCACAAGAGGAGUACGACGAAUACAUCAAAGAGCAUUACAGACGAGGGGCUAUGAAGCAGCUGACCAACGGGGAACGUCAACUAGUCCUCGACGGUCUCAAGAAAAACUGGGAGGAGAUCCAUCACCAGUAUCAAGGCCUGUCGGUCGUGACGGAUACAGCGCCUAAGAAGGCUCGCAAGGAAAGAAUGGAGGCGGAGAUGAAACAGCUUGAGAGAGACAUUGAGCUUCUGGAGAAACACAAAACCAUUUACAUCUCUAACCACUAGGAGUUUCUUAAUACAGAGAACUUAAGACAUUAUGUAAGAUGGGACGACUGACUCCCAGUGAAGAGCUACAAGACGAAAUUGUUAUGCAUCAUUAACCCUAAGUCCGUAAGCCAUUUUGAGGUAUGGUGGACACAACACUACGGCACCAUUAGGUUUAGGUAAAUUUGUCUGUAUAUGUAAACCCAAACCAAACAGUGCAAAUAUCUCAAAAAGGCAAAUGGAUUGAUUGUUAGAUUGAUUUAAGGAUUCUGCCUCACUCUUUCACAUGUCCAACACCAUGUCAUUAUGUAAAAGGUAUCAAACAGGAUUGGUAGAAUUGGUGAAGCAGCCACAUACAGUGUUCAUGUUUUGUGGAAUCAACCAUAUACGUACAUACAUGUGCAUUAUAUGAAACCUGUGAAAAUUUGGGCAUUAUCUGUUGUGUGACUUGGGAGAAAAAAAGAAAAGAAAAACAAUGCUCGAUUUUCAGCAAGAAAACACAUUGUUCUUAAUUUUGGUUUUUACAACCAACAUCAACUGAUGUUGCCUUUUUGUUGUCAGAUGCAGUUUUCUCAAAUAUAACUUCAUUUCAGAGGUUAUAUUUGGUAUCAAAAUUGUUCUAGUUUAAACUUCAUAAUCAGUAAUCUGUCAGACUGAAAUUAAACAAUGGUGUUUUUUAUCCUAACCAUUUAAUACAGGAUUCCUGUAUAAUGAAUUGAAGAUGUUCCAGUGUAAAGCAUUGAGUGCAGUCUGCAAUCCAACAGAAUCAAACAAAACAUGCUGUUGGAUGUUGAUGACUAACUGGAUGGUUAGGGUUAAUGAUCAACAAUAGUUUCUGGAGUCAAUGUGUCAACCUUUUUUUCUGUUGAUGCCUCCCUGUAUCUUCCCUGUCCAGAGAUGUACAUGUUGUUGAAUAUUCACCCUAUGGACAAAAAAGAUCUAUCAUGUUAUGAGGCUUUGAAGACAUAAGGCCAAUCGCCAUGUGGCCAUUUCAGAAUAUAUUUCACGGUUCUUAAAACAGGUUGGUGCCUAACUCACUGGUAAAUACUGGGUGCUGGACAAAAUGGCUACACUAACACUGUUAAUUAGUACAUUCAUGUCAACUGUCAAAACUUGAAAACAUUUGUAGGAGGGCAUUCCCAACUUCUUUGGUAAUGACCAAAAACACUGUCUUUCUUUGCAUAAAGCAUUACUUGUCUCUCUACAUGCAAAGUUUAUCUUGAGCCCUUACAAUUAAAAAAAAUCAAUUUUGUUAGUAUAGCUGUACUCCAUACCGCAUCCGUCCAUUUCUUAAUUUUGUAUUUUUAUCAAGUCAAUCCAUGCCAUUAUCGUAGCAUGUGUAAUAAACUUGAGCCUACUUUUUGUAAAUAGAUGAAAAUAACAGAUGCUUGUACAUACAGGAAUGUUCUUAAAUAAAUGUUUUUAAAGUAACAA